AUGGUCGGCGAUGAUGUGCUUCGUUCCGAUGGCUACGGACGGCUUCCAGACUUAAACCUUCCAGAGAAGUUGUUUUGGGAGCAGCCUGAGCAAAGGAGCCAACAAGUGAAUUCUGAGCAGCUGCAACAGCUCUCUGAUGCUCCCGCGGGGAAGAUCUUUGGCUUUCCAGGUGGACUGGAACUGGGCAGCCAGUCUUGCAGCUCCAUCAUGGUGGAGAAGAUUUUUCAUUCAGCCUCCAAUGCGCGGCUGCUGCACCUGCAGCCAGGCAAUUCCAAGGUCAUUCUCAAGUUCGCAGACGUCCGUCGUGAAUCGGCCAUCAUGUCUGCCUUGAAGAAGAUGAAUGAGCUCUGGAAGAAACUGGAAAUCCGAGCUUGUGGUAAGUUGGUGCAAACGUUGACCUAUGAGAUCCAUCCCUUGGGGGAAGAUGCUGGAUAUGUUGAGGCUGUGGGGGACGCGUGGAAUCUUCGGGAGCUGGCCAAAGAGCCCGUGGACCGACAUAUGCGCGUUGUGAAGGUGCUGCCUGAUGCAGACUCCCUAAACACCUUAGCGGCUUCAACGGUGGCAUACCUCACCUCGGGAUAUGCCUUAGGCCUUCGUGACAGCCAUGAUGACAACAUUAUGCUGCGAAGCGACGGAUUUCUGUUUCGAGUGGACUUUGGCUACGUGUUUGGAGCUUCUCCAGCUUUAGAUGCUCCACCCACAGUGGUGCCAAAUGCAGUGCUGGUGGCAUUGGGGGAAGCAAGAUGGAAAGAGGUGUCCAUCGUGUGCGAGCGUGCUCUGAUGGCCAUCUCCGGGGACGGCGAAGCACCUGGCUGGGCCUGUGUCCGUGCAGUGCCUGAGAUGGCACUACUUCAUCACGAGGCGUAUCAAUAUGUCCAAGGACUCUCUCUGGAGGACUUCCGAGAAGAAGUUCGGAAUGCUAAAGACUGGUCCAUGUCACGUUUUGCCAAAAAUCGCUUGCGGGAAGUGGUGCGAUAUUGGAGACACGGAGAGGAAAGGUCCGAAAGGUCCCCGAAGUCAGCCGCGGCGCCGAGGAGCAGUGUGCGGCAGAUCCAGUGGCUUCAACAACCCGGAGGUGAUGGGGAUUUGAGCCCUUGCAAUGAGUCAGAGGAUGAAGCUCAGGACAUCGGAUCCUUGAACCUCCCAGAGUCCCUGGGCUUGGAGGACUUUGACCAACUCUGA